AUGUCUCCUAACAGCGACAAUGCCAUGGCCCGCUUCUUGUUCGCCAUCCUGAAGCAGAAGAAUCUCAGAGACAUUGAUUGGAGCCAAGUAGCCGCCGAUCCCGUCCUCAUAGAGCCCAUUGCCAAUGGCCACGCUGCCAGAAUGCGCUUCUCCCGCUUUCGAUCGACAAUCACCGGCCACAAGCCGACAAAGAGAGGCAAGCCAUCAGAUAAGAACCGAGUUUCCAAGGCGUCGAAGAAGGAGACACAGUCCAAGAAGCAGACGCCCAUCAAGCCAGAGCCCGGCUCAUCCAACAUCUCUUCGUAUCCUCUGUUUUCUCCAGAGUCUUUUGCGUCACUCACAUCUCCUUACAUGGAUGAUGCGUCUCCCUACCUCCAAGACGGGGACGACUUCAGCGGUCGCUUCCUCACGCCGUGUAGCGAUGACAUGGCUCAAGGCCUUUCCAUCUCUCCUUCUGUCCUCCAAGAUCUUCAACCUGCGAAUGGUCUGAUGUUCCCUCCUCUGGAUGGCAACUCGGAUUUCAUGAGCCAUGUCGGCCAUGACCACGCUUUCGACGCUGCCUUUGACUUGAACCGAUUUGCCACGGGAGACGUCAACAGUCAGGGUAUAUCCCAAACUGGCAGCUCCCAGCCUCUCGGUGGCGACUGGGACGACCGACACUUUUAA